UGACACUUUAAACACUUUAAACACUGUAACACUUUAACUCUAACACUUUAAACAUUUUAAACACUUUAACACUUUCACAUGUUAAACACUUAUACUGAUUCACUAGUAGAAAAGACUAGAAUUAACAGUUAACACUAAAUGUUGUUACUUCUAUAAGAGUGCUGAAUGAACUGAACCCAAGAUAAGAAGGUGCACUGAUGGGUGAAUCAAUAAAUCCCACAGUCUCGAAAAGUUAAAUAUAAGUGUGAUAAAGUUCAUUAUCCAGUAACUGUCUGUGUAUUUGCACGUGUGUGUGUCUGCAUGUGUGAAUGUGACUGUGUGUGUUUAUGUGACUGUGAGCAUCAGUGUGUUUAUGUGAACAAGUAUAUUCAUCUAUAUGCAUCUGUCUGCACGUUUUAAUCUAAAGGCAUGGGCAGUGUAUAAGGGGAAGUACCGUGAGGGCCGUGACAGAGCCGACCCCUCAGCGUGGAAGACUCGGCUACGCUGCGCUCUCAACAAGAGCACUGAAUUCCAGGAAGUUUCUGAACGCAGCCAACUGGACAUCUCUGAACCGUACAAGGUGUACAGGAUAGUGGAAGAUACACACACACAAACAGAAUCCGCUGCAAGUUCAAUAAAGACCAGAGUAUCCACCGAAAUUCAUGGUCAGGUUGUGUUACACGACAACUCAAAUAACAUCAGGGUAUCAGGCGAGAGACCAGCAGAGACAAGGUUGGAUUUCUACAGCAAUAACAAUGUUGGCAGUUAUGACAGACCUGUGAAUGUUUCUGUCACUCAGCUAUCUACAUGGUGGCCCAUUUCAGACUUCCGACUACUUGUGUGUGUGUUCUAUCAUGGCAAGCUGGUUCAGGAACUGAUCACCUCGUCACCAGAAGGAUGUUUUAUUCUGCAGGGUUCGGCGCCGGUUGGGAACGAGCGGAUCUACGGGCCGUGUGGAGCUCACACGCUGUCCUUCCCUAAUCUGGACACUCUGUCACUGCCACCAGGCAUCUCCGAGGCCAUGAGCCGCCUUCUGCCUCACCUGGAGAAAGGAGUGUUAGUGUGGGUCGCCCCUGAUGGAGUCUUCAUCAAACGCUUCUGUCAAGGACGAGUGUUCUGGGAUGGACCGCUCGCCCAACACACACACCAACCCAAUAAACUGGAGAGAGAGAAGACGUGCAAACUGCUCGAUAUCAACAUCUUCCUGAAGGAGUUACAUCAGCAUCUGCAGAUUGGGGGUCCGAGACCACGCUAUGAGAUUGGCCUGUGCUUUGGAGAGGAGUUUCCUGACAAUAACCAACCAAAGAGCAAAAAACUCAUUACAGCACAGGUGGUGCCCCUGUUUGCUAAGGAGCUGCUUGAGGGUCUUGAGAAGCGUAAUACUGAACUGAAUUUCUGUUCAAAAUCAGAAGCACAGAAAUAAAAACAUCCAUCCAUCCA